CAGGCGCUUGGCUACCGUCUAUCGUUGUCUACCAAAGGCCAUUCACUCGUCGAUUUUUCUUUCUAUCGCUAUGACGUUCUUGCAGAAGAAGACCGUGGUCCUAGCACCAACGUCUGAAAGCUGUCCCUUUACGAAGAAAUAUCUGACCAUGGCGGGUAGCGUGACACUGGGCAGGCAAUCCUCUACUCAAGCGUCCACAGCAAGCAACGGUCUAUUCGCCAUCGCGGGUCAGUCGGGCUCGGAAACUGACGACCUACCCGUGAGCCCAUUGCACGCCGAAUUGUUCAUUCAAAACGGAGCACUGUUAAUAAAAGACUGUGGGUCUACUUAUGGAACAUGGGUAGACGGAGAAGUCAUCAGUGGCCCGACAGUUAUUCGAUCUGGCUCCGUCAUAGAGCUGGGGAGCGCCAUCGAGCGUUCUGCAAAUACCCCAUCAUCCGUAUCUGACAGCAGUCUCCGACCUAUUGUUGCCCGCGUAUCCAUCUUAGGGUGAAACAGCGGCCCACAUCCUUCCGCAGUUAUAUAUUAGACAUCCAUCUUUCUAGCAUUUUGC